GACAGAAGAGAUAAAAAAUGCCAUGACAACAAUAUUAUGAACAAAUAGGAAUCUGAGUAAAUAUAUUCAUUUCUGUCUUCUACUUCGUUUAUUUUCCAAAUGGUGCUUGUUCUACUGUAAUGCUGCGGAAUCUUCGUUAACCAGAGCUAAAAGAGUGUCCCUUUAGUAUUUAAAGGACGUUGACAGUAUUCAAGUGGAUGGCCUUUUCACUUGUAAGAGGUUUUACAAAUAAUAACAUGGACGUGACACGCAGGCAACAACCUAAGAGCUCUGAUUACAUACUGUUGACAGCUGACAGUGUUGGGCCAACUGGGUCUCCUUUGAAUUUUUUUUAACAAGCUGCGAAUGUGACGUCAAAGCCCAGAGCGCAGAUACUUUUGAAAACUUUGCGCAAGCGCAAAAAGUGCAAGGAACUCUGAGAGGCGUGGAGAAGACCGUACAGCAAGCCGUCGCUUAUUCAUUGUUUGCUGAUUUUGUGAAUGUUCGGACGGACAGGCGCACGACUAAGGGUCUUUGACCAUCUAGAGGUCAACUAAGAGCUGGUGAAAAGGAUACCAAGUGCCACUCCGCUCCGAUAUUCUGUCAUCUUGACAUCUUCAAAUGGCUUUCUACGGCUCUAAGCCCCAAGAGAACUCUGGACAGGCGUACUUUAGGAGAAGAAGAUCUGAUGAGGAAGUCGCAGCUGUGUCUGAUUUGAUACGAAGAUUUUCUGAAGUUAUUAAAACAUUUAAUCAUGAGGAUCUCCUUAAGGUCACCAAAUAUUACAGGCCCUAUGUGGACUAUGUGAUCGAAUGCAGCAUCGUAAGUGUCCUACAGAACCUAGUCACCAAACACAUCCUCACCAAUGAUGAGGCCAAGAGAUUCAAAGCCAAAGGACAGCAUAAGGAGACAGACAAUGUGGAGUCCAUCAUCGGUGACAUGAUCAACAAAGAUAGCAUGAUGCUGGUCAGCAUGUGGCAGGCAUUGGCUGAAGAACUUGAGAGAUUUCCAUUACCAAAUCUGACAAGAAUACUGGAGGAGUUGACAGAGGGGGGUCUGGACCUCUUCAAGGACAUUCAUACCAGUUUCCAACCUUUUCCCAUUGAUGCUCAUAUUAAAGGCCUCCAAGAAACACACAAAGAUGGUGUGUCUGAACCCACAAGGACUCUGGAGGAUCAGGCUUCUCCUAGAUAUCCUGUGGGUUUUGAGACUCGAUAUGCUGAGUUGAUGGUUAUUGGUCAAUACAGAAGGAUCAACCAUGAAAAGCUUCAUGAACUAGAGAAGAUGGGGAGGACUCAUGCAAUGCUGGUCGAGGAGAAGACAAAAAUUAAAUCUGAGCCUAUCUGGACUGAGCAGCUUUUUAGAAGGAGUAUAGAGAGUGAGACUCCUCCCCACAUCAUAGUAGUUAGUGGAGUGGCAGGAAUUGGGAAGACCACCAUGGUCGAGAAGAUCAUGUUUGACUGGGCCAGAGGCACUCAGUACCAGAAGUUUGCAUUUGUGUUUCUUUUUAAAUUCAGGGAGCUCAGCUUACUAGACACAGAAACAGAGCCACACAUGGCUCUGACCAGGCUGAUCACAAGGCACUAUAAAUAUCUUAAUGAUCUUAGAUUGAGUGAAAUCCUUCAGAAACCUGAAUCUCUCCUCUUUAUAUUUGAUGGCCUGGAUGAGUACAGACACAAACUGGACUUCACACAGAAGCGGCUCUGUUCAACACCAGACGACUACUGUCCUAUCCCUAUUCUGAUCACCAGCCUGAUCAGUCAGACAUUACUUAAGGGCUGUUCAGUGCUCAUAACAACAAAACCAACAGCUCUGGAGUCCCUAAACAUGAAAAGAGUGGAUCGAUUUGUAGAAAUCCUGGGAUUCUUCCCUGAACAAAGGCUGCUGUUCUUUAAAAAAUUCUUUGAUGAUGCUGAUCAGGGUGCUGAGGCUUUUCAGUAUGUGGAAGAGAAUGCCAUGCUGUAUACCAUGUGCUUCAACCCCUCGUUCUGCUGGAUUAUUUGCUGUGUGUUGAAGAGCUACUUCAUGACACCUAAAGAAGAGCGAGGAGCUGCACCCAGAACUUUCACUGAGCUCUUUGGGAUGUUUCUUUGCAACACCCUGACCAAUCACAGGAAAGAAGCCAAGGACCAGCGAAGGAUUCUGAUAAAAUUGGGAAAAAUGGCUUAUUAUGGGGUGGCUAACAGGAUUCAUGUGUUUUAUGACAAGUUUGAGAUGUCCACCUUUGGUCUCCAGUCAGUCCCGUCCUCUCUUUUCCUCUCAGGGUUUCUCAAAGAAAUCCUUCAAAGAGAAAGCACUCUGGAGCAAACAGCAUAUACAUUCUACCAUAUUACCCUGCAAGAGUUCAUAGCUGCCUGCUCUUUCUAUCUCGAUCCAUCAGGGGGUGUUGAGGAGCUUCUUGCGAUGCUGGACUCCUGUGAAGAUGGACGAUUUGAGAUUCUCAUUCGAUUCCUUGCCGGACUGACCAGGCCUUCUCUUUUUAAAGCACUGGGUGGAAUCCUGGGGGAGUUUGAUAGGAAGACGACACAACAGAUACUGGAGUGGGUAAAGAAGAAAGCUGUGCAGGGACUACAGGGCCAAGAUAAAAGUGAAGCUCUGCGAGUGUGUCAAUGGCUCUAUGAGACUCAGAAUGAGAAAUUAAUCAGAAAUGCUAUUGGGAAGCAUUUAAAGAUGGACUUCAGUUCCAUGACUUUAUCACCUCUGGACUGUGCUGUGCUGAGCUCUGUCAUCAGCUGCUGUGGAGAACUUGAGGAGCUUAACCUGUCAAACACGCACCUCAUCCCAGAGUGCAUCAGGAGGCUGGCACCGGGUCUCAGCUGCUGUAGACAUGUCAACUUGUCGUCAUGUCAUCUCACGUCCAGAUGUUGCUCAAUUCUCUCCUCAGUCCUUUCAUCUCCACACUCACAGCUGAUUGACCUGCAGCUGAGUGACAACAGCAUAGAGGACUCAGGAGUAGAUGAGCUGUGUGAGGGGCUAAGGAGUGAAAACUGUAAAUUAGAAAAAUUGAGCCUCUCUCAAUGUGGUCUCACCUCCAAAAUUUGCUCAGCUCUCUCCUCACUCCUCUCUUCUCCAGUCUCACAUUUGAUUGAACUGGACCUAAGCAAAUGCAACAUUACAGAUUCAGGAGUAGCUCAGCUGUGUGAGGGUAUGAAAAGCGAAAACUGCAAAUUAAGGAAACUAAGCCUCUCUAACUGUAGUCUCACUUCCACAUGUUGCUCAGCUCUCUCCUCGAUAUUCUCUUCUGAACACUCAAGGCUGACUUUUGCGUUUUUGGACAAUAAUAAGCUGGGAGUUUCAGGAGUGGGUCAGCUGUGUGACGGAUUAAGGAACUCAAACUGUAAAUUAGAGACACUAUGGCUAUAUGCUAAUGGGAUCGGUGAGAGUGAGAAGAAGGAAAUGAGGUCACUACAGGAGGAGCUGAACAGAACUGGUCGGCAGGUGUAUAUCGUCACAUGAGAAGACUGAAUUUGAUGAUCAACUGACCCUCAGUGACGGCGCCCCUGCCCAUGCACUCUAAAUUAGUCUCUUUAUUCUUCUCUUUAUUCUUUUGUAAUCUCAUCAGCUCUCUUCCACAUACUUAAUACUCUCUAUGUCUUCUUCACGGCCUUUGUGAUUCUUCUUUACACUCACUUGUUUUGUUCUCAAAGCCACCUAAGGUCAGAAGUCCACUGAGAGUAGCAUCAGGAGUAAUAACAGGUUGAUUGUCCAGUUUUAAGAAAAUGGUUGGGAGAAGGGGGUAUACUGGGCAGAACUGGUAUUUCUGCAAACCCUGGAUGAGUCGCAAGUCCAUCAUCUGACCAGCUGUAAGCGGAAACAUCACAAAACUCCUGCUUAUCUACAAUAAUUAGUGUUGUUUGAACCUGUCUGCUCCACUCCUGGUUCAUUGUCCCUAUUUGCAUUUAAUUCCUGACUUCUACGUCUGACUGAGCAGACACUGCCAUGUGCUGAUUUGGUCUUCUGUAACACUUUAAGACACAUAAGGCUCUUUUGUUAAUUUUCUUCUUUUUCAUUCCCUUGUUUCCACUUCAAUGUCCCCUCCACUAUUGUCCUCUUUGGGGAGCAGCAACCUGAAUAAAUGAACGGUUUAAAAAGAAACAAG